CUCAGUAGCCAUCAGUAAGUGCAGUCAGAGCUGGAAGAACAGGCAGCAUGAGCUUCAGCGUGGAGGAGAGAGGCAGAGACAACACGGCCGACUACAGGCUUUACUUCAAAAACACAGAGGGAAAAUACAUAUCUCCGUUUCAUGACAUUCCCAUCUAUGCCGACGAGGCCGAGAACAUCUUCCAUGCUGUCGUCGAGGUUCCUAGAUGGACAAAUGCAAAGAUGGAGAUCGCGACUAAAGAUCCUCUCAAUCCACUGAAGCAGGAUUUGAAGAAAGGGAACCUGCGUUACGUCAGCAAUGUCUUUCCUCACAAGGGCUACAUCUGGAACUAUGGAGCCAUUCCUCAGACGUGGGAGGAUCCAGGCCACCGAGACGGAGACACGGGCUGCUGCGGUGAUAACGAUCCCAUCGACGUCUGUGACAUCGGGAGUAAGGUGACGAUCAGGGUCUGCUCUCGAGGAGAAGUCAUCCGUGUGAAGGUGUUGGGGACUCUGGCUCUGAUCGACGAAGGAGAGACCGACUGGAAAGUGAUCGUGAUAAACGUGGAGGACCCCGAGGCUGAAGACUUCAACGAUAUCGAGGACGUCCGCAGACUGAAGCCCGGAUUCCUGCAGGCCACACUCGACUGGUUCCGGAUGUAUAAAGUGCCAGACGGGAAGCCGGAAAACCAGUUUGCCUUCGAUGGUGAAUUUAAGAACAGGGACUUCGCCAUUAAAACGGUUAAGGACACACAUAGUUUCUGGAAAGCUCUGAUCUCCAAGAAAACAGACGCCGGAGAACUCCGCUGUAUGAGCACCUGCGUCUCCGACAGUCCCUUCUGCUGCUCCGCCGGUGAAGCCCAAGCCGUCGUGGAUUCAGCUCGUCCGUACGGUGCUGCAGAGCCGGUGCCGAGCUCAGCUGAUAAAUGGUUCUAUUACGAACAGACAUAGACGAUCAUCAGCGCUGACUCCCGGCUGUCAUCGUUCUGUUAUACAUUGUAUUAGUUACUGCUAAACACUGUGUAGUUUGAUUCAUAAAGGCCUAAAUAAAGUUUGGAUGUAAUACUGUGCAAAAUAUGAACACACAAACUCAAUCAGAAUAAAGCAAUGUGACUUUAUAAAUACACAUCUGUGGUUAUCAAGAGCUAUUUUACUGAAAUAUGAUACAUGUGUACGUUAUGCAACUUUUCAGUGUUCGUUUAUGUAUGUGUUUGUCAAAGGAACAUCUAAUUGUAGCACAUUUAAUUAAUAAAUAAUUGUUGCUAAUUUCAUGAUGCUGUUUCUUGACUUCAUGCCCCGUCGCCAUGGAGACCAGCAUCACUGUAGCAGCAUCUGUUACUCUGCGUUUGAAUGGCUUUUUACGGGAAAACCGACAUUACGCUGACAUACGAGG